UGUGAACCCAGAAUGCACCCCAAAGCGCGAAUGUUAAAAACGGAUAUAGUGAUACAAAAAGUUAGCUACCGCAACAUAAGGCUGGGCUGUGGCCUUCCAGGGAGCGACAUCUUCCCUAGCUGCAGGCUACGACAUUUCUCCCUCCCACGCUGCCGUGCCAGAGAAACAGAGGUGUUUUGAAGGCUAAGGCCCCCUGACUAUGUGACGCAUAGACACCGGUACGGACACGGACACAGACAGACGUGGGUGGAGAAGAUGAACAACUCAGGCGUGAGUCCCACAUCUUGUGUCUCCAUGGAGACACCCAGUGACCUCUUUAAGGACCUAUGGGCACAGCUGAAGGCGUGUCAUGACACGGAGGUGCAAGGACUGCAAGUUAAAGUAAAUAAGCUGAAGAAGGAGCGGUGUUUAGAUGCCCAGAGGCUGGAGGAGUUCUACAACAAGAACCAGCAGCUGCGUGAACACCAAAAAAACUUACAGGACAAUGUGAAAGUUCUGGAGGACAGGCUGCGGGCAGGGCUGUGUGACCGCUGCGCAGUGACGGAGGAGCACACGAGGAGGAAGCAGGCGGAGUUUGAGUGCGUGCGGCAGCAGAACCUGCGUCUCAUAACGGAACUCAUGAAUGAGCGGAACGGCCUCCUGGAUGAAAACAAGAAGCUGAGUCAGGAGGUGGAGCAGCUACGGAUUUUGAGACGACCGCAAACUCCGUCCCCACACCCGGAAGAGGGCGUGAUCCCCGAUUCCCCGGUCCCGAAGCCUUGCCUGACAACUGUCAAUAAGAUGAGGCGGAAAAAGGACAGCAAGCACAUGCGUUUCGCUGAGAGGCCUGCACCUCUGUCAGGGCAAACUCUGCGCGGUGACGAACCCCAGAUGGGUAUUUCUUCAGUCAACUCACUUGACUCACUUGGGAAGGAUGUGUUGGUGGCAGACACAUGUGAGAUGGAGGUCUCCCAGAUCACAAAAGGCUUUAUGGAGAGGUGCAGGGACCCUGGUGUCACUGUGGUUGCAGAGACUUGCCAAAUGGAGGUAGAGGAGGAGGAUGAAGAGGAGGAGUCCCAGAGUGUAUUUGGGUCCUUCACCACAACAGGGACUUUCCAGGCCCGUGAGGACAGUCAGAAGGGAGUCUCGCUGACAGGAAAUGACAGUCCCAGGCAAUCCUCCACGUCUCCAAAUUUCUCACGGGACAAGGAAUGGCUGCUGGAGCCGAGGACCUCUCCAGUUUUUGGGCGAUCUGCAAAGCCAUUCAAACACCCAGAGAACAGGUUGCCCGCCAAACAUGGCCUUCAGGACACCCCCCAAAUUGCACCUAUUACAUGCAAUUUGGACAGACCCGCUUUUCUGAAUGGGGAGAAAGCAGUAGCUCAUAGUGCUCGGGACCAACUGGCGUUGAGGCGACCUGGGGCCAGGAAGGGCAGGGAAGCCAAUGACGGGGAGAGCAGUGUUGUGGCAGAAAAGCCCUUGGACCUGUCAGACCGGGUGCUGGGUGGGCACCAGACUGACAGGCAGGGCGGCGCUCUGUGCAAAGAUAGACCGAGGCUGGGCACACAACCUGAGCUGCAGAAAAAAACCCCUCUCCCCUCUGGGAGGUCCCCUCUGGCCCUGCUCAUGACCGAAAAUGGUGACCGCUCCUCAGACACUGAUGGUCAGGGCCUGCACAAACACACUGCUGUCUUCAAACUGCCCUCGACUCCCCCCCGUGGCAAGACCGUCACACAACACCUGUUUGAUAUCCAGACCCCAGGUGUUUACGAGUCAAUUGGAAAGAUGAGCCGGGUAGAGAGUAAGGACUCUGAGAAGAACUCUGUACUGCAGCUUAAUCCCUGCUCUCGGGUGAAGAGGAGCAUCUCGCAGGAGGAAGAUGGCAAGCCUGCUGUCACAGAUGACUCUCCAUGGGUCCUGGAACCUGGUGUCUCUCCCUCCAAGCAUGUGGCAGACAGUCCCACGUGCCCUGAGCUGGGCUUGCAUAGGCAGGAGGGGGAGACCGUGGACAUGGACUGCACCUUCGUCAGCCACAGCAUGCUCGUCAAGGGCCUGAGAGAGAAUGGGCACGAUGAUUUGAUCACUGGUAUUGGUCAAAAGGCCAAUGACAGCCUGGUAGAGAUCUUCGAUAGAAGUGCCUAUGGAGAGUACGAGUCGGGCCUGGAGGAUGAGGGUUCUGACCGGGUCCAGGAAGAACACCACGAAGAAGAGGAAGAUGAGUCUCUGGACAUGUCUGAAGAGGAGGCCCAAUCACCUCCAAAUCAGGCUGUUGUAAAGCCUCAUGAAAAUCACAAAGAAAGGGCGAAUGCAUCCUUCGCUCACGUGGAGGUUGUGCGCAAGAAAGAGGAGAGGAAAAAAUUAAAGGGCCAUACCUGCAAGGAGUGUGAAAUAUACUAUGCAGAUCUCCCGGAGUCCGAGCGGCAGAAGAAGCUGUCGGCCUGCUCUCGCCACCGCUUCCGGUACAUUCCCCCGUCCACCCCGGAGCACUUCUGGGAGGUGGGCUUCCCCUCCACUCAGACCUGCGUGCAGCGAGGCUACAUUAUAGAGGAUGACGAACCGGACCUGCGAAUGCGGAGGAGGCGGCCAUACAAAGCAAUAUUCUCUCCCAAAGGCAAGCAGCAGAAGACGUAACCCACCCGUUCUUCAGACGUACUCCUGCCUGCAUUAAUGACCCUUAGACUCGGGGACCUCCUAAAUCCCUUAAGUCUCAAAACGUUAUUGAAGGUGUAACACAACUUCAUUCAUCUUAAAUUUUUGUGCAAAAUUUCCUGCUUGGAGUUAUGUGCCUUUUCAAAGCUUUUGGGCGCUUGCAAGGAAUUAUUACUUGGCAACAUGCCUUUUGGUCUGUUUGGUCAUAAUACAUUAUGCUAGAAGCUCAGAUUUGUACUGAUUGAUGUGUACAGAGGCAUUGUAAUAGACUGAUCUUACCUCAAGGCUGUGUACAAAAUCUGUAAAUAAGGUUAUUUUUCAGAGUAUCUGAAGUGAUACAGUAGAAAUGUUUGACUGUCAUUGUCAUUUUGUAAUUAUCUGUUCAGUUUAAUUUAACUUUGUUUAAUAAUUUGUUAAUUCCUUUUUAAAGAAAUGUUUGAUAAUAAAUUAAUAUUUGAACAUUUAA